GGGCCCAUCGCGUCCGGCAUGGAGAAAGGUCCACGGACUCGGUUCUAGGCCGAGAGCAAUAAUUAAUUUCCUGGGCCUGAAGAAAGUGAUGCAGCCAUGGCGAUGGCGAAUAUUGGGAGCUCUCGCACACUGUUUUCGCACACUCUGCAGCCGUUACAUGGAUCGUUGUCGUGGUGUGACGUCUCGGACAGCUAGCAGGGCUUUGGCUGCAGCUGGGCUCGGCAGCAUUGUGAUGCCGGCUCAGAUCGAAGCCCUCUGAUUAAAGAAAGACGAUCGACAGGCAUGAACCUUAUCGAGCCUAAUUGCCCUGGCUUGGCCUCGAGUCCUCGGACUCGGCCUCCUCAAAAGACUCGACCGUGCUGUGCCUCUGGCUGCAUCGUCUCUUCUGUUUCCCUCCAUCCAUCCGUGUCUUGCCUGACUCCGGAGUCUCGACACAAGCCCCGAGGAUUGCAGCACAAUGCCAUCUCCCUCCGGCUUCCAUUGCCACCCACACGUUCUCGGAUUUCAUAUUUAUCUCUCCCUCUGUUCUCCGAUAGAGGAACAGGCGGACAACAUGGCGACGCCCUUGGACCUCGGACCUUGGACAGGCUGCCGCUAAUCUGGAAGCGGCGGAGCUCGGCUCCAUGGAACCAUGAAAGCUGGAAUCUGAUCCAAAGGUGCCAUCUGCACGGCCCAGAGCUGAGCGCCCCACGAGUGUAGUACAUGUUACCCUUUAGAGAAAACUUUUAGCGAGCUCCUUGAGCUGCUGCUGCUGGCGGCAUUACAUUGAGACUAGUAUGAGGAAUUUUGGCACCCGAAAUUGCGGGACGAGUGGGCUAUGUAUAAGAUCGGGUAUCAUCAGCGUCGAGCCAUCGCUGUGUUUUGAAGUAGAUCAAGCAAGCAGGCAGGAAGGCAGGCAGUUAGGGAGAAAUGAAGGGAGGGAUUAGGCAGGGAAUUUGGUGCUGUUUGAGUAGGUUCUGCUGUUUGUGUGUUCUAGCUCGGUCUCGUUCUUCGAGGUCAAUCCCCUUUUAAAAAUGACACUUGGGAUCCUCAGAAGGUUUUCGUAAUUUGAGCAAUGCCUGGCGCUGGAAAUUUCCCAACCACAAGACAUGAAAUGGAUUUUCCACAUUUUCUGUUAUGUCUGCAAUGAAUCAAC